ACAAGUGAAUCAACCAUGGCAUUCAAAUUCGUAGUAUUCGCCGCUUUCGUCGCCGUCGCCCGCGCUGGCCUUAUCGGUCAAGCCGCUUACUCCGCUGCUCCAGCUGUAUCCUACUCCUCCAUCUCUGCCCCAGUAGCUCACGCUUCUCUUUCCUACGCUGCACCAGUAGCUCACACCUAUGCUGCUCCAGCUGUAGCCGCCUAUGCCGCCCCUGUUGCCAAAGUAGCCUACGCCGCCCCAAUCGCCAAGACCAUCAUUGCCGAACCUGAAGCUCCAGCCAACUACGACUUCGGAUACUCCGUCAACGACCCACACACCGGAGACAGCAAGACCCAACAAGAAUCUCGUCACGGAGAUGCUGUGCAAGGAAGCUACUCCCUCAUCGAUGCCGACGGCACCAAACGUACUGUAGAAUACACCGCUGAUGCCCACAACGGUUUCAACGCCGUAGUACACAAGGAACCCGCCGCUGUUGCCGUCAAAGCCGUAGCCCCAGUCGUAGCUAAAGUAGCUGCUCCAGUCGCCUAUGCCGCCCCAGUAGCUCACUCCUACGCUGCUCCAGCCGUAGCCGCCUACUCCGCCCCAGUAGUAGCCAAAUACUCUGCUGCCCCAGCCGUCGCCACCUCCUACUCCAGCAUUGCUGCCCCAGUAGCCGUAGCUAAAUUAGCUGCCCCAGCUCUUUCCUACGCUGCUGCUCCAGCUCACUAUUACCACCAUUAAAUUUAUUUUGACGUUUUGAAUGCUGUGUAUAUAUUAAUUUAUUUGGAACCAAAAACAAUAAAUAAAAAACAGAAAACUUAU